AGUGAGCUAUGGUUUAUCCUAACCAUGUAGCUUCUCUAUGUCUUUCUUCUCUUCUUCUAACUCUGGUUCUGUAUGCAACUGGGGUGAGUUCUUCUUCAGCAAAUGUUACCAAAAUUGGCCAAGGCUAUCGACUUAUCUCCAUUGAAGAGACCCCUGAUGGUGGCCUUGUGGGGCUCCUUCAAGUUAAGCAGAAAACCAAAAUCUAUGGUCCUGAUAUUCCCCUUCUACGCUUCUAUGCCAAACAUGAGACAGAGAACCGUUUGAGGGUACAAAUAACAGAUGCCAAGAAGCAAAGAUGGGAGGUUCCCUACAACCUUUUACCAAGGGAGCAACCACCAGCUUUGACUCAAACCAUUGGAAGGUUCAGGAAGAACCCUAUAUCAGUCUCUGAGUACUCUGGUUCUGAGUUUCUGUUCAGCUACACUUCAGACCCUUUUAGCUUUGCAGUGAAAAGGAAGUCAAAUGGUGAGACCCUUUUCAACUCUAGCUCUGAAGAUUCAGACCAUUUUAGUUCACUGGUUUUCAAGGACCAGUACCUUGAGAUUUCUACCAAAUUGCCUAAAGAUGCCUCUUUGUAUGGUUUGGGAGAGAACACACAGCCACAUGGGAUCAAGUUAUAUCCAAGUGACCCUUACACUUUGUAUACCACUGAUAUAUCAGCCAUUAAUCUCAAUGCUGAUCUAUAUGGAUCACACCCUGUGUACAUGGAUCUCAGAAAUGCUGGUGGCAUAGCUUCUGCACAUGCUGUUCUGCUGCUUAAUAGCAAUGGAAUGGAUGUUUUCUACAAAGGAACCUCUCUAACAUACAAGAUUAUUGGAGGUGUAUUUGAUUUUUACUUCUUUUCUGGGCCUACGCCUUUGAAUGUUGUUGAUCAGUAUACUUCCUUAAUUGGAAGACCUGCUCCAAUGCCUUACUGGGCUUUUGGAUUCCACCAAUGCAGAUGGGGAUAUCACAAUCUAUCAGUGGUAGAAGAUGUUGUGGAGAAUUACAAGAAGGCUCAAAUCCCACUUGAUGUGAUCUGGAAUGAUGAUGAUCACAUGGAUGGGCACAAAGACUUUACACUCAAUCCAAUCAACUACCCUCGUCCUAAGCUUUUGAACUUCUUGGACAAGAUACACAGCAUUGGCAUGAAAUAUAUUGUCAUUAUUGACCCAGGAAUUGGUGUUAAUGCCAGCUAUGGUGUGUAUCAAAGGGGUAUAGCUAAUGAUGUUUUUAUCAAGUAUGAAGGUGAACCUUACUUGGCUCAAGUUUGGCCAGGGGCAGUAAACUUUCCUGAUUUUCUCAAUCCAAAGACAGUUUCUUGGUGGGGUGAUGAGGUCCGCCGCUUCCAUGAACUUGUUCCAGUUGAUGGCCUAUGGAUUGACAUGAACGAAGCUUCCAAUUUCUGUUCUGGAAAGUGCAAAAUUCCCAAGGGAAAGCAGUGCCCAAGUGGAACAGGACCUGGAUGGAUAUGUUGCUUGGAUUGCAAGAACAUUACCAAAACACGAUGGGACGAUCCCCCCUACAAGAUAAAUGCCUCAGGAAUACAAGCUCCUAUUGGUUACAAAACCAUAGCCACUAGUGCAGUCCACUAUAAUGGCAUUUUGGAGUAUGAUGCUCACAGUCUUUAUGGUUUCUCUCAAUCCAUUGCAACUCACAAGGCCCUUCAAGGGCUUCAAGGCAAGAGGCCUUUUAUUUUGUCCCGCUCCACUUAUGUUGGUUCAGGCAAAUAUGCUGCGCAUUGGACUGGUGACAAUCAGGGCACAUGGGAGAACUUGAGGUACUCAAUAUCCACAAUGCUCAAUUUUGGUAUAUUUGGCGUGCCAAUGGUAGGUUCGGAUAUAUGUGGAUUCUAUCCACAACCCACUGAAGAACUAUGCAAUAGAUGGAUUGAAGUAGGGGCUUUCUACCCUUUCUCAAGGGAUCAUGCAAACUACUACUCCCCUAGACAGGAGCUAUACCAAUGGGAAUCAGUAGCUGAGUCUGCUAGAAAUGCUUUGGGUUUAAGGUAUAAGCUACUCCCACAUCUUUACACCCUAAACUAUGAGGCUCAUGUUAGUGGAGCCCCAAUUGCCAGACCUCUUUUCUUCUCAUUUCCAACUUACACUGAAUGUUAUGGCCUUAGCACCCAGUUCUUGCUAGGAAGCAGUCUUAUGAUUUCUCCAGUGCUUGAGCAGGGAAAAACAGAAGUGAAAGCACUCUUUCCUCCUGGUUCUUGGUACAGUUUGCUUGAUUUGACACAAACCAUUACAUCAAAGGAUGGAAUCUAUGUUACCCUUGAUGCCCCUCUGCAUGUGGUCAAUGUGCAUUUAUAUCAAAAUGCCAUUCUUCCAAUGCAGCAAGGUGGAAUGAUCUCUAAGGAUGCUAGAAUGACACCCUUCAGCCUCAUUGUUACCUUCCCAGCAGGGGCAACCGAAGGAGAAGCUAAAGGGAACCUCUUCCUUGAUGAUGAUGAACUGCCAGAGAUGAACCUUGGAAAUGGCUAUUCAACCUAUGUUGAUUUUUAUGCAAAUGUCAAACAAGGAGCUGUGAAAAUUUGGUCACAAGUCCAAGAAGGCAAGUUUGCAUUAGAUGAAGGUUUGGUUAUUGAAUCUAUAUCUGUGGUGGGAUUACAUGGAAGUGGAGCACUCUCUGCACUUGAGAUAGAUGGAAAACCACUAAUGGGUGUUUCAAAUGUGAAAGUUAGUACAUCAGAACAUGAGCACUUGGAAGGUCAGGUAAUUGGAGAAAAGAAGACAGUGAUGGUAGCUUUGAAGGGUUUGAACAUCCCUGUGGGUAAAAACUUUGCUAUGACAUGGAGAAUGGGAUGAUAGGGUUGAGAUUGUCUCAUCCUAGUUAUGAGAAUUGUAACUUUAUCGUGUUCUUUUUCUCUUCUACAAUUCUUGUAGGUGUUGUGAGGGAGAGGAGAUGAGCUAGAAUUAUGGUCGUCCUUUUCCAUUUUAACAAUCCAAUCCACAACAUGGCUUAUGGGUUGGAAUUUGAUUGUUAGUUUUUUUUAAGUACCUGAGUUGAAACUUAUUGUUAUUCAAGUGAUUUAGAAUUAUGUCUUC